UCCCGAGCCUUUGUUUCCCAGGCACUCCCAGCACGAUGUCCGCAGGUCCUGCCAGCAAUGGGGUGUUUGUUGUCAUCCCACCCAGCAAUGCCAGCGGCCUCUGCCCACCUCCAGCCAUUCUGCCCACCUCCAUGUGCCAGCCUCCGGGGAUCAUGCAGUUGGAGGAGCCACCGCUGGGGGUGCAGACACCAAGAGCCACCCGGGCGCCCGACCUGCGGCCCAUGGAGACAUUCCUGACAGGAGAGCCCAAAGCUUUAGGGUUCAUCAUCUCUGGGUCCCUCUCAGUGGCGGCUGAGAAGAACCACACCAGCUGCCUGGUGAGGGGCAGCCUGGGGACCAACAUUCUCAGCGCCAUGGCGGCCUUUGCUGGGACAGCCAUUCUGCUCAUGGAUUUUGGUGUCACUAACUGGGACGUGGGCAGGGGCUAUCUGGCCGUGCUUACCAUCUUCACCAUCCUGGAGUUCUUCAUUGCAGUCAUUGCCACCCACUUUGGGUGCCAAGCCACCCGCGCCCAAACCAACGCGCCUGUAAUUUUCCUGCCAAACGCUUUCAGCGCAGACUUCAACAUCCCCAGCCCGGCAGCCUCACCGCCCCCUGCUUAUGACAAUGUGGCAUAUGCCCAAGGAGUCGUCCGAGUAGCAGAUUGUGACUCCGGCAGGUUGGAGUCCAGCCUUUCCCCUCUGGGCCCAGCCUCUCCCCACACCCACCUUGUUCAUCAAGGGGCAGCCCCUCUCCUGCUGUCUCCCCUCACCCAAUCCACACAUAUUGAGGCACCUGAGUGAAGCAUUGCCCAGGGACGUCUGUCCCACACAUUUCCCCAAGUGGUUUCUUUCCUAAAAGACACUAGGUCAUGUCAAGGUGCAUGCUCUUCAGCUCCAUGAGCCCUGUCCGCAGUCCAGGAAUGACCCUCGUGUGACUUUGCAUUUCUCUCUGCUUAUUGGGGGAAAUCCUAACCCCACUGGACACUCAGGUUCAAGGCUGCCCUGGCCCUCAGGCCUUGGGAAGGUCAUUAAGCCCAGAGAGCCCAGAUCCUCCAAAGUCUGGCCCUAGGUGCAGAGCUCAGGCCGAGGCCACAUGGCAGAGCAGUGGGCCUGACCUUGGGUCUCCUGGCCGCAAGAGCAGCUCUGUCCUUUGUCAUCUGCUGCCACAUCUUUGGGCCUUAGUUUCCCCACCUGGAAACUGAAAUGUUGAACCAGAUAACCUGUAAGGUCCUUCCAGCACCUCUGGGCUCCCUGAAGUCCUGGGUCUAGGCCAGACAUUCUCUCUCGACUCCCUCCAGAAGCCUUCAUUUUCCUUCUCUGUAAUAUGGAAUUGGUGUUGACUCCACUCCCCUACCCACUGGGAAAGGUUGGGGAGGUAGGGUGGGGAGGUUGCAGGGGAGGGCUGAAGCCAGCCCAGUCCUCCAGGCCUCCACCACAGUCAGCAUCAACAGAUGCACGGCCAAGGUAGCCUCCCUCCCCGGUGGCUUGGGACCUCCUUGUGCCUUUCAGUGCCACCCUGCCCACACCCACAGCCAGAGGAGCAAGGAUGUCCCUGAGGGUUACCACAAGAGCAGGGCUGGGCCUCUGGGGACAGACAGACACCUCCAGCUGGGAAUUCACAGGCCCAGGCAGAUGGCUUGUCUUGUCCAUACCACAGAGGGAAAUAAACAGUGUGG